CCCAUCACACACGUGAGAACUAAACCGUCAGAUUCUUUCAACCGGCUGUAAAGAAUCCGAUUCAAAGAAGCGUUUCAAACCCUAUUGAAAUUCACAUUUUCCCAUUUUCACAUAAAAAAUUAUGUGUGGAAAUUGAAAGCUUCAUGUGCGUGGAUUUGGCGAUAAUCUGAAUUUGGAAGUUCUGCAUCUCUUGCAGGAUCUGAAAUCAGCAUAUCUUGAUAAGUUCUUCCGUAGAACAAUUACAUUUGCGUUCUAUACAUUGAAGAAUGGAAGAUGGAUUAUCAAGCUUUUGGGGUCCUGUCACAUCUACACAUGAGUGGUGUGAGCCAAAUUAUGUUCAUUCUUCCUAUAUUGCUGAAUUUUUCAAUACCAUCUCUAAUGUCCCGUGCAUUAUAUUGGCUUUAAUUGGUCUCGUGAAUUCCUUGAGACAACGUUUUGAGAAAAGGUUUAGCGUCCUUCACAUAUCAAAUAUGAUUCUAGCCAUUGGCAGCAUGCUAUAUCAUGCCACCUUGCAGCGGCUGCAACAGCAAGGUGACGAAACACCUAUGGUGUGGGAAAUGCUCCUUUAUAUUUACAUCCUCUACUCACCGGACUGGCAUUAUCGAAGUACAAUGCCAACCUUUUUGUUCCUUUAUGGUGCAGUAUUUGCCAUAGCACAUUCACAGCUGCGUUUUGAUAUUGGUUUCAAGGUGCACUAUGCGCUGCUUUGUCUUCUUUGCAUUCCUCGGAUGUAUAAAUAUUACAUUCACACAGAAGAUAAAUCAGCUAAGCGGCUUGCAAAGAUGUACGUCGCCACUCUGUUGUUUGGGAGUUUCUGCUGGUUAGUUGACCGUUUGUUCUGCAAGAAAACAUCACACUGGUACUUCAUUCCGCAGGGUCAUGCACUGUGGCAUGUUCUUAUGGGUUUUAAUUCGUACUUUGCUAAUGCAUUCCUGAUGUACUGUCGUGCUCAACAACGGGAAUGGAAUCCCAAAAUUAAGCACUUUAUGGGAUUUUUUCCCUACGUGAAGAUUCAAAAACCAAAGAGCCAGUAGAACACAGUGCUCAACAAAAUGGAUUGUCACAGGUGUUUGUUUUCUGUUUCAUAGCAAAGGCAAGUGGUUACAGUUCAUUUUUUUUCCCCAUUUGAAGAACGCAAUGUAAAUGAUAUCUGGGAUUCAUUUUGGUUUUGCUGUAGUUUUUCAAACGUACCAUAUUCCCAUGCUUAAAUGGGCGAUUAAAUGAACUUUGUAUUUUCUAUUUAAUUCUUUUUCACAUGGAUUGGUUUUGCUAUCAUGAAAUGAAUGAGAAAGAUUGUUUCAUGGUUUGA